UCGAUCGCGCACAAGUAUCGUUUCAGUUCUAAGUAAAUACGCAACAGCUAGUGUAUCUUUGUUUGAAAUUGUGACAAUGACCUCCUACACGGAUAAGGGACGGAAACCAGAAGCCGGCCGGUUCCUAGCCUUCGAUCACGUAACAUUUUGGGUAUCAAAUGCAAAACAGGCGGCCAGUUAUUAUGUGACGCGGUUCGGGUUCGAGCCGUUGGCGUACAGCGGACUGGAAACAGGUUCCAGAAAAAUCGCCUCGCAUGCCGUGAGGAUGAACAAGAUAGUAUUCGUAUUCCAAGCACAAUACGAGCCAGAAGAGACGGAGUUUUCCAACGAGGUUGCCUACCACGGAGACUUUGUUAAGGAUGUCGCAUUCCAAGUAGAGAACCUGGACUUCAUCUUAGAGUAUGCUAAGAAACAAGGAGCUGUUGUUGUUAAAGACCUUUGGGAAGAACGGGAUGAGUUUGGAGUAGUCAGGAUGGCUAAAUUGAAAACGUACGGCAGCAACACCCACACGUUGGUAGACAGAUCGAAAUACAGUGGAGCGUUUCUGCCUGGUUAUGAACUCUCAAACAAAGACCCCAUCAACAAAUAUUUACCUAAAGUGGAGAUCAACUUCAUCGACCAUAUAGUCGGCAACCAGCCCGACAACUGCAUGGAAGAAGCUGCCUCGUGGUACGAACGCUGUCUGCAAUUCCAUAGAUUCUGGUCAGUAGACGACAAGCAAGUGUGCACUGAGUACUCGGCCCUGCGAUCAGUGGUAAUGGCUAACUGGGAGGAGACAGUGAAAGUGCCCAUCAAUGAGCCCGCGGCCGGCAAGAGGAAGAGUCAGAUCCAGGAGUACGUGGAGUACCACGGCGGCGCUGGCGUGCAGCACCUCGCCCUCAACACCGAGGAUAUUAUUACUGCUAUAGAAAAUCUGCGUCAACGCGGUGUAGAGUUCCUUUCAAUCCCAUCAAAGUACUACAAGUUGAUACGCGAACGCCUUCAAAGCAGUAAAGUGAAAGUGGCCGAGAGCCUGGACAUCCUGGAGCGGUUGAACAUCCUCAUAGACUACGAUGAUGAUGGUUACCUGCUGCAGAUCUUCACUAAGAACACACAGGACAGGCCCACGCUCUUCUUGGAGGUCAUUCAGAGGAGAAAUCAUAAUGGUUUCGGAGCCGGCAACUUCAAGACGCUGUUCGAGUCGAUAGAAUAUGAACAAGGAAAACGUGGCAAUUUAUAAAUAACUAAGUAUUAGUUCACUAUUAGUUGUUAAGCUUAUGUUGUGCAUUGUUAUAUUAAUAAGCAUUUUAACUUGCUUCAUAGAUAGAUAUUUUGUUAACUACUUUCUGUAAUAAAAUGUAUUAUGUAUACUCAUAAAAAUAUUUUGUCUCUUAGAACAUAUUUUUUAGUGUCUAUAUGGCAUUGCCAAGUUCAUGGUUGCAUGCUGCUAACCGGACUGCUGCUUAGGCGGACCGCUUGCUCGUUUGCCUAAGUAAUAAAAAAAAUACGUCGCAAAAUGGGGUUUUAAUUAUAUUUUAUGUUUUGGAUAGACUACAAAUCACUCUCUCAUUAUGGCACCUGAUCACUAGAACUUGAGAUGGAAA